UUAUUCUAAUAGUCUACAAAAUCUCAAGAGUCUACAGAACUUAAUGCUAAUAAAUUCAUAACAAAUUAUUUACUGUGGUUUCUGUUCAGUGUCUAGCGGUAAGCAGUCAUAAACGAGGAAAGUUUUUCGUGUAAUUUAAGUAAUACUUAUAAGUACUAAAAUUUUCGUUAAGAAUCCAUGUGAAUAUGAUGUCAAGCAGUACGCCUACCGAAUGAAACAUUAAUCACCUGGUUAGGUCGGAAUGCUUAUCCUUAAACAUUUAUCAUAAUUUUGUGUCUUGGUACUAUACCUCGUAGUUUUCGUAAUAUAAACACUUAUGCACGCCUUGCGUGGCAUCCGUAAAUUACGUUUGCAAAAGCCAAAAUUUCGCCGCCGAGAAGUUAUUUUGAUCCUGUGUUAUGUUGUUGCCGGUUAUUUGUUCUCGUCGUUGUUUCUUCUCGCUGUUUUGGACGAAGAGCGGAUUUUGUCUCCCGGUUAUAGCGAAGAUUUUCACGAAACUGCUCCCAUCAGAUCAACUUUAUCCCGCAUUAGACGAUGGUAUUUUUCCAAUGUUUCCGCUCGCUCGAUUCCAGUUUCAGAAUUUGCUUUAGAUAGUCGACUAUGGCCAGAUGAUACCCUGGUUAGCGAUCGCAUUGAACGUCAGCUGUUGUUUUAUCCCGAUUCAAAGGGUCGUUUAACCGCGAAACUCGUAGUUAUUGUGAAAUCUACGUACAAUAAAAAAGAUCCCCGACAACGACGGCCGGGAAAAAUUCUGGACCAUGAUUACGAGCAUGGUCGCGGCAUCUGUCCGGUGACACAUUGUACUUUCACCAGUAACGAGAGAAAAGCUCAUAUUGCGGAUGCGAUCCUUUUUGUUGAUGGCAUACCUGAUUGGUAUACUGAAAUCUACGAUCGUCCGCAAAAUCAAGUGUGGAUCCUAUCCUUGCUAGAAUCACCUUACCAUACGAGAAGCUUCUCCCACGCUCAACAACUUAUAAACUGGACGGCAACGUACCGAUUGGACAGUGAUCUCGUUACUCCUUAUGGCAAAUUUGCUCUCUAUAACACGAGCGUGCGUCAGAAGACACAAGAACAUAACUACGCGUUAACGAAAUCCGGCCCUGGAAAGGUGGCUUGGUUCGUGUCCAACUGUGAAACGGGCAACAAAAGGAUGGAUUAUGCUAGAGAACUUGGAAAAUAUAUCCACGUUGACAUAUACGGGCGCUGCGGUACCCUCGAUGACCGACAGUGCCAGAAGUCAGGCACAUGCGACUUACUGCUUGCCAAAAGUUACAAGUUUUAUUUAGCAUUUGAGAACAAUAACUGCCGCUGGUACAUUACGGAAAAAUUAUGGACGGCCUUGAAGUCGAAUGUGAUUCCUGUUGUGAUGGGAGCCCCUAUAAGUGACUACGAAGCCGUUGCUCCAUAUAGAUCGUUUAUUCAUGUUGAUAAUUUUACCAGCCCACAGGAGCUAGCAAAUUAUCUGCAUUACCUGGAUAAUAAUGAAAAUGCAUACAAUGAAUACUUCAAAUGGAAACAUACCGGCGAAAUUAUCCUCACGUACACUUUCUGUCGAAUUUGUGCGUUGCUGCACAGUGAUGCCCGAUCCAAAAGUUACAAGGACUUCGAUUUUUGGUGGCAUAUGGGCGGGUCCGUGUGUACUAACGAGCCACUAGUCAAGGAAAUUAUAUGGGAUAUUUAGGAUGUGCAUAAAGGAUGCCACAAACGCUGUAUAUUCUGAUGCUCCGCUCUGCUGGUGUUUUUUGUACUUUUAUUACUUUUAUUUGUUUGUUUUUUGUACUUUUAUUACUUUUAUUACUUUUAUUUGUUAAUACCAACUAUGCCUAGUAACUGCUGAGGUCGGAACGAAGAGAAUUUGAAUAAAAAAUAACGAUUCAA